UUAUUCCAGACGAUGACCGCUUGGCUUCAAGUGGCCCUCGCGGUCGUCAUGUUCCUUACAACUGCCAUUGCCGGAUUCAUCCCACUGAAGCUACUGCGGUUUCUCAACAAAACGCAAGGUGAUAACAAGAAACGCGGUAGAUGGCUUUCGUUGCUCUCGUGCUUCUCCGGCGGCGUGUUCAUGGGAACAUGCUUUCUCGACAUCAUUCCACAUAUCAACGAAAACUACGAAGAUUUCAAAGUCCUGUCUGGUACCAACUUCGAGUUCCCAUUACCCCAGUUCUUCACGUGUGUCGGCUUUUUCCUUGUCUACCUCAUCGAGGAAAUUUGCAUCAAGCUACGAAGAUGGAACAGUGCUUGUAUAACCGUGAGGUGCAGAUUCAGCCUUGUGAUGGAGGAAACAGCGAACUAUGCAGUCGCUGAGUCGUCCGAAGGAUCUUUGUUGAAAUCGUUGACGUUCGCCGUUGCCAUGUCCUUCCACUCGAUUCUCGAAGGGUUCGCUCUUGGAGUUCAGAACACCACCGCACGAAUCGUCACCCUGUUCAUCUCGCUUAUCCUUCACAAAGGUGUUGAAGCGUUCAGCGUUGGAUUGCAGAUAUCUAAGGGAAACAGUAAUAAGCUGAAAGCAGUGAUUGCAACAAUCCUCAUUUACGCCAUGAUGACUCCUCUGGGAUCAGGUCUGGGAACCUUGCUUCAGAUGUCCAACAUAAGCCGCCUCCAUAAAGAUGGAGCCGUCUUGAUACUGGAAUCACUGGCGGCUGGCACCUUCAUUUACGUCACCUUCCUAGAGGUCUUGGCACAUGAAAAGGACAACGAACAUAAUAGUUUGAAGCAGUUGCUGGCAAUCUUCAUCGGAUUUGCUGUCAUCGCGGCUCUGCAGUUCGCAUUUGGUGAUCAUGGUCACGAUGGAGGCCACGAAGGAGGCCACGUUCACACACUACCGCUAGGCUUCACCACCACACCCUUUGUGCCGCACUGA